AUGCUCGCCGCUGCAACGGCGGCCUUCAUUGCUGCUGGCAGUCGGUGGGCUCUUGACGUGAUUCUUGUGGCGCCACAAGAAAAAACUUUGAGGAAUAAGCGCAUCGAGAUACACCUGAGAGACAAGGACCGCAUCCAGAUACACUUUCACGGAUCGCAUUCGUCCCGUCCCGCCUCCGCACCAGUGCCAGCUCCAGUGCCAGCUCCAGCGCCGACACCAGCUCCGACGCCUGCACCUGCAACGGCUGCACCUGCGAAAAAACUAGCAGCUCCGGCGUACCACUGCGACGACCUCGCGACAGACCUCGUCGACGUGAAACACCGCCAGCUCAAGCCGCGUUGUGACAAGGGCGCGGAGGCACAGGGAGCGUUCGUGGGCCAGACCUGGGUCCCCAGCGCCGGCUGCUACGUGGCUGUCCCCACGCGCCAAGAGGUGGCCCAAGUGAUGAAGGGGCAAUGGGUCCACGUACUUGGCGGCUCCAACAUGCUGCUUUUCGUCGCCGCCAUCGCCAAGCUCGUGCAGAGAGACGUUCUGCAACAGUGGGACAUCCGCUUGCAGAGCCAUCCGUGCGAAGCGUUCGACCUCAUCUGGCGCGUUCGUCCUGACGGCACGCUGCAGCAGCUCGUGCGCCACUACAAAAGCAACAAGCGACCGCCCAGCACCGGCAAAGAGCCCUCCUACUACAACGCCACGCUCAACGGCGAGCACGUGCCCGAGUACGACGGCGACUUGCUUCGAAUCACGUGGUGGCAUGCUGUGGGUGAGGACGGCCCAAUCCUCGGCUGGCGCCGCUGCGCCUUCUCCUCCAGCUAUCAGGCGUGCCAUGUGAGGAAUGUGGCAGCGCGCUUGCGCAGGCGCAGCGCCGCGGGCUGA